UUUUACAGUUUCGGUUUAGUUCUUGGUUUUGUUGUUUAUAUCUGUAAAGUUAUCCUUUUUUAUUGUCGUUUGUUUGAUAAAGAAGACAAUAGCUUAUUUAAAUAAGCUUGUUUGGCUUAGUGGGUUAGUUGUAUCUGUAUCUUGUUUGUUGGUACUGGAAAAUGUGGUAAUUUCAUAGGUAGGUUUGGAAUUUUGAGUGAGUCGGGGCGAAGUCAGAAGUCUUGUUAAGGGUGUUCAAGAUUUAAUAAAUAUGUGUGUGAAUAGUAAUUUUUGACCUUCAUACGUUGUAUAAUUUGACGGGAGCAUUGGCAUAACUGGUAAACUACUCUUGCAGAAAUGUAGGGUAAAACUGCGUACAAUAGACCCUCAUGAUCCGGCCCUUCCCCGGAGUGCACCGGGCUGCUCUUUUGUUAUACGUAGCAUAAUUUUUCAGCGAAGGUUGUUAAAUUAACCACCCUCGGCAUAGGUAGAGUGGUCUUGUGCCUACAGUCUUGUGCCUACUGCCUUAAAAGACAAAGGAUUUACCAGUAUAAGGAUGAAAUGGGUCCUAAUAAAGCGGAACGGAUAAAUAUGAGUCAUAUAGGUGAUCCGAACUAGUUGGGAGUUGAGGCCUAGUUGGUUUAUUGAUCCGUUAUAUAUAGUCUGAGCUGAAGAUCAUUCAUCUCCAUUGACCGUAACGCAGGUCUGCCAUUGGAUGAUCUUCAUUGAAGAACAUGUUCUAAAAGACUGAUAGAUCUGAAUGCUGUUCAUUGAAGUCCUUUGGGAUCUGAAUGCCGAGUUCACGAAACUUGUUAUGUGAUAAGAUACAGUCUUUUAUAUUGGAAGCAUAUUGGAUGGAAGUCCUUUAGGGUAUUCGACCAGAGGCGGACCUAUGUGUUAAAGUGAGGGUCACCGGACCCCAUAAGCUUCGGCAAAAAUCUUGUAUUACAUAUAUGUAUAUAUCUUGAAAAUGGUUAAUUUAAAACACUUGGUACCCUGAACACUAAAAUCCUUUAGGGGACACUAGUUGAACAGAAUAUGUGGCCCCGUCGCGUAAAAAUCUUGGGUCUACCUCUGUACUCGACAUACUUUAUUCACUAUAUACUUUGACUGUAACAACCCCUUGUGUACAUCAUUGUAUUUUGGGUCAAAACUAACUUUGAGAUCCUUGAGUAAAAAGAAUAUGCAUUUAUGCAAUACCUUUGGAUUUUAUUGUAGUUUAACUCCUUUAGGAAAACAUAAAAAGACAUGCAAAAUAUGGCUUUCAAGAGAAAAUACACACAUUAUGAUACCAUGUAUCUACGCCAUCUUCUAAGGAAUGCAUGAUACUAUUCUUAUGUUAUCUUCUUAGGGUCAACUGAUUAUAUAUUUCUAGUCUUAGAUCUUCAGGAUAGACUUGAGGCUUGAGAGAUUCCCACCUCGUUAGUCAUUUCUUUUCUUUAAUCUUCCCUGGAUUGACUUGAGAAAUUCCACAUGUUUUCAGCUUCGUGAGUGUUGACUUCCAUAGAACUUGUUGAUGGAAUCAAAUAGCCCAACAUCUUGUGAGGAUUAUGCUGCUGAUAUCUCUUCCAUCAGGCAAGCUCAAGUACGCAUUGAGCCCUUUGUGCACAAAACUCCUGUCCUCACCUCAGAAACUUUAAAUUCUAUUGCUGGAAGAAAGCUCUACUUUAAAUGUGAAUGCUUUCAGAAGGGGGGGGCUUUUAAAUUCCGAGGGGCCUGUAAUGCUAUUUAUUCACUUGCUGAUAAUCAGGCCGAAAAAGGAGUAGUAACUCAUAGCAGUGGAAAUCAUGCUGCAGCUCUUGCUUUGGCUGCAAAACUACGUGGUAUCCCUGCAUAUAUAGUUAUACCAAAAAAUGCUCCGAAAUGCAAAGUUGAAAAUGUCAAACGUUACGGUGGUCAGGUUAUCUGGAGUGAGCCAUCAAUGGAGUCCCGAGAGAAUACUGCAAACAAGGUGUUGCAAGACACUGGCGCUGUUCUUAUUCAUCCCUACAACGACGGUCGCAUCAUAAGUGGGCAGGGUACAAUAUCACUGGAGUUUCUGGAACAGGCUUCAGAGAUUGACACUUUAAUAGUUCCGAUUAGUGGUGGUGGUCUAAUAUCAGGAGUUGCCUUGGCUGCCAAGGCCAUCAAUCCUGCCAUUCGCAUUUUGGCUGCUGAACCAAUGGGAGCCGAUGAUGCUUUCCAGUCAAAGAUCAACGGUAGGAUUACUAAGUUAUCUGAAGUCAACACUAUCGCUGAUGGGCUUCGAGCUUUUCUUGGAGAUCUAACAUGGCCUAUUGUUCGCGAUCUCGUGGAUGACGUUAUAGUUGUUGAUGAUAAAGAGAUAAUACAAGCUAUGAGACUUUGCUAUGAGAUUCUAAAGAUUGCAGUGGAACCAAGUGGAGCUAUUGGCCUUGCAGCUGUUCUUUCUGAUGGUUUCCAACAAAAUCCAGCCUAUAGUGAAUGCAAUCAUAUUGGCAUUGUAAUUUCUGGAGGCAAUGUUGAUCUUGGUGUUCUUUGGAAUUCGCUCGAGAAAUAAGAAAUUCCAUAUUCAAUCUCUUCCCUCAUAGGAACCAACUUUCAUAUAUUCAUGUAUUGUGCGGAUUCAUCAUAAAUUGAUUAGUUUUAUGCUGUCAGCCUACCGCAACUAUGUUUUUAUCCGGGCUUAAGACUGAUAAUGUGAGCAAGCUCAUACGUGUGCAGUAAUA